UGUGCAAGUGUCUGUAUUGUUAUGAGGAGAUAAUGGGGUCUUUGUUUAGUAAACCCACUCCUGAAUAUCAGUUGUAUUUAAGUGGUUACUAUAGGCAAUAUAGUGUGUGUGUGUAUCUCCAGGUCAGGGGCGGACUGACCAUUCGAGCACUUGGACACUGCCUGAGAACCCGGGGUCAGUAGGGGGCCCCAUGAGAUGCCUCUGGUACCUUUUAUUGGCUUUUUCAUAGGCUUUUUUGGGUGUGGGCGAGGGCACAGGGACCCCAUGAUCCCUUAUUGCCCGGGGGCCCCAUGAGUUGUCAGUCCGCCCCUGCUCCAGGUCAAGCAAAGUCUUUGCUCGUCUUGCACGUUUGAG